AUGAUGUCGUUUUCAAGUCGAUAUCAUAGUUGAAACGUAUCUCUUUCCGAAGCUUUAAGUAAUGAGCCCACAAUCUCUUCCUCCCAAUAACUCUUUUACAAACCAACAUCACACACUGUGACAGUAACCAAAACUCCAGAUCUGAACCCAAUUCUCAAGGCUUUCUCAGUUCAGAGCUAAAGUGGAGGAGGAAGGAGUAAUGAUCUGUGAGAGAGAUGAUUUCAGCCUCACUGGGCCAUUACACUUAACUUCUAUAGAUUGGGCUAAUGAACACCAUAGGAGAUCCGUAGCUGCCUCUUUGGUCCAAGGAAUCUAUGUAUCUGAGCGUGACCGUCAGCUACAAAGAGAAGGUCCAGAAUUAGCUCUAUCUCCUCUAUGGUCUGAGUUUUUCGGUUUCCGUCUCAUUCGUAAGCUUGUUGACGAUGCGGAUCACUCCAUAUUUGGUGGAAUCUACGAGUACAACAAACCGCACUCUCAAACCGCCAAAUCCCUGGAACUUAGUCCGCGUUUCGUUAUCGCGUUUAGAGGAACGGUGAACAAAGCGGACUCUAUCUCCCGUGACAUCGAGCUAGACAUUCAUGUCAUCAGAAACGGGCUUCACACGACAACACGGUUUGAGAUAGCUAUCCAAGCCGUGAGAAACAUGGUUGCUUCUCUUGGUGAUGGUUCGAGUGUCUGGCUUGCUGGUCAUUCUCUUGGUGCUUCCAUGGCAUUGCUCACCGGUAAAAUCAUAGCUAGAACCGGAGUUUUCCUCGAGUGUUUCGCCUUUAACCCGCCUUUCUUGUCUCCUCCUAUUGAAAAAAUCAAAGAUAAGAGGAUCAAACAUGGGAUUCGCAUCGCAGGAAGUGUGAUCACAGCUGGACUUGCUCUAGCCAAGAAAGCUACACAACAAGUUAGCCAAAACCACCGUGCAUUACCUGCGCCGCAAGACUCUUUUGCCGCCUUAUCCGACUGGUUUCCGAGGCUGUAUGUUAACCCCGGAGACCAUUUGUGCUCGGAGUAUAUCGGUUACUUCGACCAUCGUGAAAAGAUGGAGGAGAUUGGGGUCGGUUUUGUGGAGCGGUUAGCGACGCAGAACUCUUUGGGCGGUUUGCUGGUUGAUAUUGUGAGUGGAGGAAAGAACACUGAAGGACCGGUUCAUCUGAUUCCUUCUUCGGUUUUAACUGUGAACUUGAGCUCUUCAAGAUGUUUUAAAGAAGCUCAUGGGAUUCACCAAUGGUGGAGAGAGGAUAAGAGGUUUGAGACCAAAGUUUACCAGUACAAGUGAUUGGAAUUUUUUUUUAAGUUUUAAAAUCGAGUUAACCGGGAAUCGGAUUCUACUUUCGGGUUUAGCCGGUUCAAUGUGUCUUGAAAAAAUGAACAAUGCUCAGUGAUCUAUAAGACGACGACGUAUUUAUUUAGG